AUCAUCACCACCGAUUUCCAUCUCCUCCUCCAUCCAUCCUUUUUGCCUUCCUUCCUUAUCCCCUUUCUUCUCCUCUUCUUUCUAAUCUCUCGGACAUCAGAGCCAUCUUAGCUUCCUGGCUUUCUGAUAUCCGCGUCGGAUAGCUAUCGGGUUCGGUUGUUGAAUUUUUCUGCCUCUCACCAGCACUUUCCUCGGUCUGCGUCGCGCGCGCGCCUUCCCAUCCCUUUCCAACACACUUAGCUUUCUCAUUUCGUCUUUUCGGUUUCCGUCAUUAUGGCUACAGAGUACGAUAACGAGAACGGUCGCUACGACGACGAGCCCCGUUUCGCUCGCGACCGCAGCGCAUCUCCUCGCGAUGAGCCUCGUGCUGAUCGCACCCGUAGCCGUUCUCCCAACGGUCGCGUCGAUGACCGCGCCCCCAUUGAUCCCCGCAAGUCUCUCGAUGACGAAGAGGGUGCUAUCAACACUGGAUCCAACCUGUUCGUCACUGGUAUCCACCCCCGUCUGACCGAGUCGGAUAUUUCGCGUCUGUUCGAGAAGUACGGUGAUGUCGAAAACUGCUCGAUCAUGGUCGACCCCCACACCAAGGAGUCUCGUGGAUUCGGCUUCGUCAAGAUGGUCACUGCCGAGCAGGCCGAUGCCGCUAAGGAGGGUCUCCAGGGCGAGGUCAUCGAAGGUCGCACCCUGAGCAUCGAGAAGGCUCGUCGUAGCCGUCCCAGAACCCCGACCCCCGGAAAGUACUUCGGUCCUCCCAAGCGUGGUUAGUUAUCCAGACUCCCUCUGUAUAUUGAUAUGUGGCUUACGCAUGUCCAAUCUCGUCAGAUUUCCGUGGAGGUCACCGUGG